AUGGAUAGAGGUUCAGCGGCCGUUCCUCUCGUCGAUGAAGGGUCGCCGACGGUGGCUGGGAUUUGCGAUGGAGGCUCGACGGAAACUGUAAUUGGAAUAGGACUAGUUUGCUUGACUGCGGAGGGCUGCGUUCUCGGUUUUAUCGGAGACGGCAGAGAGGGUCGCCUGUGCUGGUUGAUGAAGGACGAGAAAAGUCGCUGCUCAAUGACGGCGAAUUCUCCACUCUGGCAGGACGCGAGGUGGACGAGGGAGGCCGCCGCCGCUCCUCGUUCGGACAGUCAUCCGAGCCCGUCUCUCGCCCACCUCCUCCUUCACUCCUCCCCCCUCUCUCUUUCCCCGUCAUCCCUCCUCUCCCUGCCCUUCGCCUCCACAGUCCCGUCCCUCUCCCCGGCCAGCCACCUCGUCGUGACCUCCGGCCAGCCCGUACAAAUAUCCAUUAAUAACGUCGGAGUCUCUGAUACCCCCAUUUUCAACGACGGAUUUGUCUUCGUCUACGCAAUUGACGAUCAUUGGACUUUUGGAAACUCACACGACGUUGUGAAACCGUGGACAGUUUUUGGAGCGAUGGACGAGGAAUUGGUCCAGUUUUCUGGGGAUUUCGUAGGCCUCUCUUCUUUGUUCAUGAGGCAUUUGGCUCCGUGCAAAGUGAUGUGGAAUGAUAUGGAUGAGAUGACCAACGGGACUGUGGUUUCCAACAAUGUGAGCGGCUUUAGCUUGGAGAUUACCAAGGAUGAAGUUGAUACAGUGAUGGUGAAUGGAGUCGAAAUCACUUCCCAGAGCUGUACGAAAGCGAGUGGCUGGUGGUUCACGGGAUCGAGCGGUGAUUGCUUUGCCGGAGAUUGGGAUGAGGAGAUGGAAGUGACGGAGGAUUUUCCGGUGGAGGAAGACAAUAACUCGAUGGCUCUGGAUAAUGGGGACCUUUGA